AUGGCAUUAUUCCCAGCAUUGUUGUUCCUGGCUGCUGUACUGCCUUCAUCCCUUCUCCAAGAUAACUGUGAGAAUAAAGAUCUUGAGGAUUUGUCAACCACUCUAAAGUCAGUCCAAGAAGAGAUUGUAAACAAACACAACCAACUGAGAAGAAUGGUUUCUCCACCUGGUAGUGACUUACUGAAAAUGCAAUGGAACCAUGAUGCACAAAGGAAUGCUCAGAGUUGGGCAAACAAAUGCAUGUACCACCACAGUCCUGAGGAAUUCAGGACUAUUGACAAAAAAUGUGGUGAGAAUAUAUUCAUGGCAAAUUACCUCACAUCAUGGUCUUCUGUAAUCCAAAACUGGUUUGAUGAAUACAAUGACUUUGUCAUUGGUUUUGGCCCAAAUAAACCUGGUGCAAAAGUUGGACAUUAUACUCAGAUUGUCUGGAAUUCAACUUACCAAGUUGCGUGUGGAAUUGCUGAGUGCCCUGAGAAUCCGUUGAACUUCUUUUAUGUUUGUCACUAUUGUCCUGCUGGCAAUUAUGAAAGAAGACUAUAUACACCUUACACAGAAGGAGAGCCGUGUGCCCUUUGUCCUAAUGACUGUGAAGACAGGCUGUGCACCAAUAGUUGUGAAUAUAUAGAUAAUUACUCUAAUUGUGAAGAUAUGAAGAAAUAUUAUACCUGUGAAGAUCCAACUGUUAAAAGAGUUUGCCAAGCUACAUGUGACUGUGAAGACAAAAUUCAUUAA